AUAUGAAUCUGAUAAAUGAGGAAAAUUCAGUUCAUUUUGAGAAUCGAUCCCGGGACAAUUUCUAAAAGAAAAUCAACAAAUAUGUCUUAUUUCCGCAAUUUAAUAUUUUUCGCUCUGAUCGCUGUUAUGAUCGUUGGAACACUUGGUGCUCCUUCAAAUUAUGAGGAAUUUAAAGCAGCGGUGAAGAAUCAAAGUGUCGAAACAUUGAAAACCGACGGACUCAGAUUUGCCAGAGCUGGAAAGCCAAGCACUGGAGAAUGGUAUGCAAGGGUAUUGAGUUCAAAAACUGCUACAGGCGCCAGUGCUGCAGCUGCGGAAAUAAGAGCUGUACUAAAAGGAUUGGAACAUUGAAUGAAGAAAGUGGAAACGUAACAUAAUCAGAAAAAAUUAAACUUUCGGCUUUAAACAUAAAAGACAGCCUUUUUUAUUUUUGUGCUGUAGUCUAAAUUAUAUCUAAUAAACCUUUAUGUAAAAAGUCGAAAAAUAAAUAAAAAAUAUAAAGAGAA